AUGGAAGGACACACCACCCCUAGACCUCACCCAUGUCCAAAGUGUGACAGAGGAUUCUAUUCCAAGAGUAAUCUUCAGAAACACAUGGAAGGACACUCCACCCCUAGACCUCACCCAUGUCCAAAGUGUGACAGAGGAUUCUACUCCAAGAGUAAUCUUCAGAAACACAUGGAAGGACACACCACCCCUAGACCUCACCCAUGUCCAAAGUGUGAUAGAGGAUUCUACCUCAAGAGUAAUCUGAAUAAACACGUGCGAAAACACACUGCCCCAAAGCCCUUCCAGUGCUCUUUCUGUAAUAAGGGAUUCAAUUUCAAGCGAGAUCUGAGGAGUCAUACCAAGUCGGCACACCCUGAGGAAGAUUAUCUUCAAUGUUCUGAGUGUUAUGAGUCAUUUACUAGCUCUACAUCCAUGUAUACCCACAUGAAAACACAUUUUGACGAGAGUUCUUAUGCUUGUCCCAAGUGUAUGAAGAAACAUCCCUCUAAAUUUGCCCUCUCUGUACACAUGAGUAAACACGUUGGGAUCGCGCGCCAUAGAUGUGGGCAAUGCAAGAAGAUGCUGUCUACCAGGCGUAAACGCGUUGGGAGUAAGCUUCCCACAUGCUCCCAGUGCGAGAAGAGGUACAGAACCAAUGGUGAGCUGAUCCGACGUGAAAACACAUGCAGCAAAGAAGAGCCUUCGGAAUCGGGUGAGCACGUUCAAGACAUCCUCCCCUAG